UCUAAACCCUGAAUUCCAGUGACAGCCUUAAACCCGCCUCUUCCAGUUCCAAUUGUGCGUUUGAAGCUCGGAAGCUCUACCUCAACAAAAUCACUCUCUCAAUGCCCUAAGCUUUACUCUGCAACUUGCUUGGCUUGUUCUCUAUGCUAUAAAAUGCGGCCUUUCUACAAUUCCUUUCCUCAACUGGUAAACCAAACCCAGCAAGCCAAUGCUUCCACUGCUCCGCCUCCUCAACAGGUUAUGCAAUCUAAUCCUUCCCUUGUAAAUUCGUGUAAUUUAGUGCUAAAUCCUAUGCAAUUUCAACCCCAGUUUGGCAUGAGCAAUGCUCAAACUCAAGUGCUCUUCAGUAAUUCCAAUGCCCACUUGAGCCCCAGUGUGCGGCCAUCCAUAACUCAACCUGGUUUCGUGAAUGGACCUACCCAUCUUCUUCCCUUCCAAAAUACUCAUCUGGGUAUGACCCAUUUGGGUUCUCAACCGGGUCAGUCCCUUUUGGGGAUUGGUCCACAGAACAGUGUAUGCAAUAGGAACACGAUUGCAGGGUUUCUAGGUCAUGGACAAUUCUCUAAUUUGGCGCAGAAUGCUAAUCAAGUCAAUGUGUCUCAGCCUCCUUUUGUGCAUAAUUUUCCAAAUUUACCUCAACAACUCAAUCAGAAUAUGGUUUUGCCGAAUGGACAGUACGGUUUUCCAAAUAUGUUUCAAAAUAUGAACCAACUUGUGCCCUUGCAAAUGCCAACUUCUUCUCAAGUUGGUCCUUACGGUAUCCCUCCUUAUCUAUUGGGUGGUCUGAAUCAACCACCUCAGGCCACGGUUCCUCAAAAUCCCACCUUCAUGGCAAAUAUGCAGUUUGGUCUUGUUCAUUGCAAUCAGGUUGGGCAGCAAGGUAACCAGAAUCAGCAAAACUUGGCUCCACCUACAACAGAUGCAAAUGCAUUAAAACCAUCACCUAUUGCGGCUCCUCAAUUACAAGGGAACUCAUCUGCGCCACUGAAUCAUUGUCCAGUUCAACCCCAGCAGUCUAAGGACUUGCAAACUUCUGUUUUCACAAGGUCACAGGGCAAUCCUUUUAAGAAUGGUGGGAUUAAUGCUGCAAGCUCCAACUGGAAAAAUUCACCAAGCAAAAACUUCACAAGGAAUCCAAAAAGAGGGGUACCACAAGGGGGAUCUCAGAAGUCUCAGUUUCAUCAUAUGAAAAAUGAAAAGAGAAAGUUUGGGUUUCCUAAUGAACAGAAGGGGAAAGGGUUUAGCAAUGAGAGGACAGCAAAAUUUGGUCUUGCUAAUUCUACCAACCAAGCCAGGGAGUGGAAGAGAUCUCUUCCUUUGAACUACACGGAACAAGAAAUCAAACAGUGGCGUGAAGCACGUAGGAAGAACUACCCAUCAAAUGCCAACAUAGAGAAGAAGCAGACUGAGAAGCUAGCAAACUCUGAGGCCAAUGAUAGAGAGGCCAAACUACGGAAAGCGCAACUCAAGGAGAUUCUAGCAAAGCAGGCUGAAUUGGGAGUUGAAGUUGCAGAGGUACCAUCAUACUAUCUCUCGGAUUCAGAGAAGCAACGGCAUGGAAGGGAAGAGAACAGAAGGCCAUUGACUAAGAAGGAGAGAUUCCAAAACAAGUUUAAUAAGAGAGGAAGACAUGACAAAAAAGACCGAUUUGCCAAGAAGCAGAGGUUAGCAGACAAGGAUUCAUCGAAUGCAGCUUCUUUGAACAAAAGAAAGCCAACACUACUGCAGAAACUUCUGAGUGCCGAUAUAGGUAGAGACAAAAGCCGCUUGUUGCAGGUUUUUAGGUUCAUGGUGAUGAACUCAUUUUUCAAAGAUAUGACUGAUAAACCUCUGAAGUUUCCUUUAGUAAUAGUUAAAGAAAGUGGAUGUGAGGACGAUGUGGUUGAAGUGAAAUCUCCUUCCGUGGUGAAAGAUGCUGAAGGUAGCAUCAUGACCACGAUUAAAAGAUCUAAUGAUGAUAAUGGUGAAGAAAAAAAUGAUGACGACGGCAAUGCUGAUGAUAAUGAUGGGCAAGUAAAAGAAGCAUCUUAUUUUGUUAGAAGAGAAUGUAGUAGUAUUGGUGAGGGAACUGAGAGACCCGAGGAAGAAGAGGGUGAAAUCAUUGACUAGAAGUCUCCCUCUUUGAGCAUUGUACUGCUAUGUAUGAAGUUCAGGUUGUCUUAACAGUUAGAAUUUGGAGCUGGAGCUAAUCUGCCUCUAUCUACAUUCAUGGUUUCCAAACAAAUAUGUAUAAUGCAUUAGAAAAUUGCCAGCAUGAGCAUCAUGUAUCAUAAACUUA